UGGGUGUGUCGCCAGGCCGCCCCGCCUCCAUUGCCAGUCGCGGCUGGGACCCUGAAUCGACCCCGACCCGGUCACUCACUCUCUCGGUGAUUUCCGCGUCGCCCGCUGAGCCCAGGCCACACUUGGGUUUGCACCCUAACUUCUCGCUCUGAGCCAGCCGUGGUCACUUCGUCCCGCCGCUGCGGACGGAUUGACAGUUCUCCUUUCCGAGCUCUGCGAGACUUUCCACGAUCGCUUGUGAAUAAUGGCAGUCCCCAUGAAGGGCCAGGUGUGCGUGGUGACUGGUGCUUCCAGGGGUAUUGGCCGCGGUAUCGCUUUGCAGCUCUGCGAAGCAGGGGCCACAGUUUAUAUCACUGGCCGCCAUAUGGACACGCUGCGAGCCACUGCUCAGGAGGCACAAUCCCGAGGGGGCCGGUGUGUGCCCGUGGUGUGUGAUUCAAGCCAGGAGAGUCAAGUGCAAAGCCUGUUUGAACAGGUCGAUCGAGAACAGCAUGGGCGUCUGGAUGUGCUGGUCAACAACGCCUAUGCUGGGGUCCAGCCUAUCUUCGACAAUUUUAAGAAGGCAUUCUGGGAAUGCCCUGCCUCCAUGUGGGAUGAUAUCAACAAUGUUGGACUCAGAGGCCACUACCUGUGUUCUGUGUAUGGGGCACGGCUGAUGGUACCGGCUGGCCGCGGGCUCAUCGUGGUCAUCUCCUCUGCUGGAGGGCUGCAGUAUUUCUUCAAUGUCCCCUAUGGAGUAGGCAAAGCUGCGUGUGACAGGCUAGCUGCUGACUGUGCCCUGGAGCUGCGGCGUCAUGGGGUCAGCUAUGUGUCCUUGUGGCCAGGGAUGGUGCAGACAGAAACACUGGUGGAGUAUGCAAGGAAGGACAUCAGCGAAGAUUCCAUGUUUAAGAAGUUCAAAUUAGAUCUGCCUUCUGCAGAGACCACAGAAAUGAGUGGCAAAUGUGUGGUGGCUUUGGCAACAGACCCCAACAUCCUGAGCCUCAGUGGGAAGGUGCUGCCAUCCUGUGACCUUGCCCGACGCUAUGGCCUUCGGGAUGUGGAUGGCCGCGCAGUCCAAGACUAUUUUUCUUUGAGGUCUGUUCUCUCCCAUGCCACCAGCCUGGGCUGGCUGGCCUCCUACUUGCCCAGCUUUCUCCGUAUGCCCAAGUGGAUUAUGACCCUCUACUCUGGCAAAUUCUAACUCUCCUGGCCCGACAUCACAGCUGCUAGGUGGAAAAAGGCGCUUCCUGCCUCCUGCGCAGACCCUCGACUAGAAGAGAAGGCCUCCCUGUGUGCCCUGGGCGAGCCCUGGGGCUGGCAUAGAUCCUUCUUUGAGCCUUGGUUUUCUCUAACCCUAAUUUUACUUUCUGCCUUGUUUUGAAUACUACCCAGAGGACUAAUUAAUAAAGAUCUCAUUUCUUC